AUUCGGUUCGCCCAAAUCCUAAAACACAAAAUGCGCUUAUUCUUUCAACAUCUGCUUGCUUGAUUGAAUUGAACGUAUGGUUCUACUUCACCUGCUCGAUUCCUAUUGUCAAGCAUCUCAUUGAUAUUCAAGGGUUUCGUUUAUGUUGUGCUGAUUCGAAACAAAGAAACUCUAUCCUUUAUAUUUCUUUCAGGAAACCCCGUUUGAGCCUAAAUGGCAAUCUGUCCAAGCCUUACUUCCAUAGAUUUCAUCAAAUUCAACACGAACCCUAGAACCAAAUUCUCCGGUAUUUCUUCAAGAUCAUCAUCACUUAAGUUGUCAAAAAUCAAAGCUGUGCAAGACACUGAAGGAGGAAGGAGGCGAUUAAUCGACAUCAUCAGGAUCAUACCAGAUAUCUCACGAAAUUACUUCAAAAGCCCUUCAAGAAGAACACUUUUUGGGGGUAUAUCACUGCUGGGUGGAUUUUAUGUUGCGCAAACAAUAUCAUUGUCGUUUGGAGCUUUAGGUGUGAACGAUGUUAUAGCUGCUGUUGUAUGUGUUCUUCUUACAGAGUAUGUUACAAGGUUUUAUUACAGUAGACCUAAGGUCACAUUCCCCAUUGCUCUGUUGAAUAACUUCAAGAUGGGGUUCACUUAUGGUCUCUUCAUUGAUGCUUUUAAGCUUGCAAGUUGAAUUUUUCUUGUAUUUGAUUGAUUCUACUCUGGUUUUUGUCACAGUGUUUUACUUAUCGUAAUAAUAUUGGUCAAUAGAUGUAUACAGAUUAUAUUUUAAUUUUAAUAAAAGAAUAUUUUUAAUCUCA